CGUGUCCGCCGCCGCGUCGGGGGCUCCCGGCGAGCGGGCACCGCGGCCGUGCCCCGCUGCUCUCCCCGCCCCGGGAAGGCGGGCUGACAGCGCCGGCACCCCAGCACUCGGGGGCUGCUCCGCGCCGCCGCCCCGGGCCCAGCGCUGCCGGCGGGGACGGCGCUCCCACAGCGCGGCCCUCACGCAGCCGGGCUCGGCGCCGCCCGCGGAGCGGGGCUCCAUCACCGCCGCCCUCGGCCGCCACCGGCGGGGUUUGCGUGACACCGCCGGCACUCCCCGCCGCCGCUUUAUGUAACCCGCCGCUCGGACCCGCUUAUAAAACGCCGCCGAGGCAGAGCCGGCGCACUCCGAGCGCCGUUGCAGCCGCGAGAUGGGAACUGCUCAAAACAACAGUGACCCCAAAAAUCUCCAUGCAGUGGAGCUUGACCUGUGUAACAAGGACAUGAUGUCAGACACCUUUGAUCACAGCGUUAUUUCUGUUGGAGAAGAGGAAGGAGCAGGCAAUUUCCAACGUUCUGUUCCAACACAAGAGUCCCUCCGAUCGCCUCGUGGCUCCGUUGUGAGCUUCCAUAACAUCCAGUACUCCGUUAAGCAGCCCAGUGGAUUCCUUUGUAAACGGAAAAUCGUGGAAAAGAAGAUCCUUCAUAAUGUUAAUGGCAUUAUGAAACCAGGCUUGAAUGCCAUCCUGGGACCAACAGGGAGCGGGAAAUCUUCUCUCCUAGAUGUGCUGGCUGCCAGAAAGGACCCAGCAGGUCUGUCUGGAGAAGUGCUUAUAGAUGGUAUCCCUCAACCUCCAAAUUUCAAGUGCAUCUCAGGAUAUGUUGUGCAGGAUGAUGUUGUUAUGGGCACGAUGACAGUGAGGGAGAACCUGCAAUUCUCUGCUGCGCUGCGACUCCCCAGCUCCAUCAGCAUUAAAGAGAAGGAAGAGCGAGUCACCCAGAUAAUCAAUGAGCUGGGAUUAAGCAAAGUGGCUGAUGCUAAGGUAGGAACUGAAUUGAUCCGGGGAGUGUCUGGAGGGGAACGGAAGAGAACCAACAUUGGGAUGGAGCUCAUUACAGAACCACCAGUCCUUUUUCUGGAUGAACCAACAACUGGCCUUGAUGCCAGCACAGCCAAUGCAGUCCUCAUCCUUCUGAAGAAGCUCUCAAGAAGAGGGCGAACCAUCAUAUUUUCCAUCCAUCAGCCCCGUUAUUCCAUAUUCAAGCUGUUUGACAGUCUGACAUUGCUGGCGUCAGGAAAGGUGCUGUACCAUGGUCCUGCAAAGCACGCCCUGGAGUACUUCAGUUCUAUUGGAUAUGAAUGUGAACCCUUCAAUAAUCCAGCUGACUUCUUCCUCGAUGUCAUAAAUGGUGAUUCAACUGCUGUGGCAGCAAGCAAGGACGAUCACAGACAUGUGGACACAGGAAAAGAAGUGAGCAGUGGAAAUGGAGUGGCAGAAGACAAUGUGGAUAGCAGUGUGGUAGAUGUGCUGCACCAGAAAUAUCUCAGCUCCAGCCUAUAUCAGAGCACAAAGGAAGCACUGGGGAAAGUGGAGCUUGGACGGGGAAGCAAGCAGAGACUAUCCAAGCAGGAGCAUGAGAUUACCUAUGCAAACGGAUUCCUCACUCAGCUGUACUGGGUGUCCAAGCGUUCCCUGAAAAAUCUCAUCAGGAACCCACAGGCUUCCAUUGCACAAAUCGCAGUGACUGUAAUUCUAGCCUUGGUUGUGGGUGCUAUCUUUUUUGGUGUAAAACUGGACCGAAGUGGCAUUCAGAAUAGGGUUGGAUCCUUGUUUUUUGUCACUACAAACCAGUGUUUUUCCAGUGUGUCUGCAAUUGAGCUAUUCAUCAGAGACAAGAAAUUAUUUGUCCAUCAGUACACCAGUGGAUAUUACCGUGUGUCUGCCUACUUCCUGGCCUUGAUGAUAGGAGAUCUGCUGCCCAUGAGAACUACUCCAGCCAUCAUAUUCUCAUGCAUCACUUACUGGAUGAUUGGAUACCAAGCUGUUGCAGGGCGAUUCUUCUUCUUCAUGCUGACCCUGAUACUGGUGUCCUACACUGCCACAGCCAUGUCCCUGGCUAUCAGUGCUGGCAUGGAGGUGGUGGCUGUGGCAAAUCUGCUCAUCACCAUUUGUUUUGUCCUGAUGCUUAUCUUUUCUGGCCUCUUAGUGAACCUGCCUUCAGUAAUGGGCUGGCUGAACUGGCUCAAGUACUUCAGCAUCCCCCGAUAUGGCCUCACUGCUCUUCAGGUGAAUGAGUACAGAGAUCUCUACUUCUGUGGUGAGAAGAAGCCAAAUGCUACAGUGUUUGUGGGAGAUACAGGCAGUUGUCCCCCCAAUAUUUCAGAAGAAAUGUGUUCUGGUGAAGCAUACCUGUGCAGCCAAGGAAUCGCUCCUACCAACUGGGCAAUGUGGGAAAACAUAGUGGCUCUCUUCUGCAUGACUGUUAUCUUCCUUAUCAUUGCCUAUGCAAAACUCCGGUUUAUGAGGAAGUUCACAUAAGCUCCUGUGUUGCCUUGCCCUGCAGCUUCUCAGGUGUUAAAACUGCAGAGCUUGUUAGGGCCUACUGCAGAUUGCCAAAAUGUUUCAGCUGACUUUGCUGGACUUCAGAUGGGAAGCCUGUUCCCCCGUUUCUGGAGCGUGAUCUCCACACGCUUGUGGGUUUUAAGAAAAAAUGCAUUAAUGUACAUUGCAUAAGUGAUUUUUCCUAAGAAAAUAUAAUUCUCAUAAUUCCUUAGGUACAUAUCAGACUUUAUAUUGUAAACCGUUAUUAUUAUGUGGCCAGCUUAUACACAAAGUAAUUCAUUGAACAUGUGAGCUUCUCCGUCACAAAAGGUGGAAGGUGAUGGUGGCAUUUAUGCUUUGAUAUGUUGCCUUUGUUAGUGGCUGUCACAUCUGUGGAGAGACAGAGACCUCUCUGUCCUCCAAGGUGUUGGAGAUGCAUUUGAGUUUGAAGUCAGUACAGAGACCAAGCACUCGUUACCAGGAAAGAACAGUUAUAUUUCUAGUAGCUUCUCAGUGGAAGCUACUUCCAGAAACAACUUUAGCUUCAUUAAAAACUAAACAGCAGUGGUGUGAGAUUUCUCACCUAAGAAGAGAAAUAUAUACUGUUGGACUGCAGAAAAAAGAAACCAAAGAACUUCCCUCCCCACUGUGACCAGCAAGAAAUAUAUUUACUACUUAAAAGGAAGGGAGGGAGUUGCAUUUUUCUUUAUUUUUUUUCUAAAUAAAAAUCUGUAUACUUAC